AUCGCUGUGGGGGAUUUGGUGGCCAUUUGUUCAAUGCGUGACGCCUCAUAUGAUGUGUGUAAACGGGUCAUUGGCCUGGCAGGCGAUACAAUUUUGAUCGAUCCUAGAUCGGAAAAUGCCGCGAAAAGUGACUCAAGCGAAAAUGAACCAAGAUACAUCGUUGUACCUCCAGGUCACAUUUGGCUAACCGGUGACAAUAUGGCAAAUAGCACCGACAGCAGGGAUUAUGGACCCGUUCCCCUUGGGAUGAUUCGUGGGCGGGUGAUUGCCAGAGUG